AAUGAAAUGAAAUGAAUUAAUUAAUUAUUAUGCACUUAUACGUGUUCUAAACCUGCCGAAAAAUUUCUUAAUGAGAAAUUCGUUGAACAAUUUGAGCUUUCGGUGGAUAGUACGAUGAUCUUUGAAGAUUGCGCGAUCUUUCAAGUUACGUGAUUAAUGAUCGAAUAAAAGGCUUUCCUUUCCAACCGUAUCCCGUGCAGGAAGAAUAUAUGAAAAAGGUUAUAGAAUGUCUGCAAAAUAAUCAACACGGUGUGCUGGAAUCUCCAACAGGGACUGGAAAGACUCUUAAUCUCUUAUGUUCCUCUCUAAGUUGGUUGUUGACAAAGAAAGCUCAAUUACAAGCUCAAGUAAUAACGGGUGCAAUUGAAAAGAAAGAUUUUGGUGGACAUUUCUUUAAACAUUUAACCAAUGGACUUGAAAAAGCAGCAGGACUCCCAGAUAACGUCCAAAACUUUGGUUGGACAAUGCCAAAAAUUAUUUAUGCUUCUCGAACACAUUCUCAACUGUCUCAAGCUAUGCACGAGUUGAAGAGGACGUCGUACAAACAUGUGGCUACAGCUGUGUUGGGAUCUCGUGAUCAACUGUGCAUUCAUCCAGAAGUUUCUAAAGAAACAAGCACUUUUAACAAAAUACACAUGUGCCAUGCCAAAAUAAAGUCAAGAACAUGUUUUUAUUACAACAACGUUGAAACUAAAAAGGAUGAUCCUGUCUUUAAACAGGAAGUAUUGGACAUUGAAGAUUUAGUCAAAGUUGGACAGAAGCACAGGUGUUGCCCAUACUUUUUGGCAAAAGAAUUAAAGCAGACUGCAGACAUCGUUUUUAUGCCUUAUAAUUACUUGUUAGAUCCCAAAACGCGAAGAUCGCAAGGCAUAGAUUUACAAAAUACUAUAAUUAUACUGGAUGAGGCUCACAAUGUCGAGAAAGUUUGCGAAGAGGCAGCGUCAUUACAGAUAAGUAGCACAGACGUUGCAAUGUGUAUCGAUGAAGUAACCGCAGUAAUGCAAGACGUGUCUAAAGAUGACGAUCUGCAGAAUGACUUUUCGUCAGAUACCGUCCAAAAAGAUUUCACAGCAGAGGACCUGUGCAUCCUGAAGACGAUGUUCCUGGAAUUGGAGAAGGCGAUUGAUUCCAUCGAAUUAAAGAAUCGUGCUGAAGGAGACACUUUUCCGGGUGGAUACAUUUUUGAAUUACUUGAGAAGGCUGAGUUGACGCAUGGUAAGGAACAGCUCGUAGUAGAAAAAUUAGAAAAGAUCAUUUUAUACUUGACGACCACCAAUACUUCGCCAUUCGCGAGGAAAGGAAAUGCACUGCAAAAGUUUAGUGAUUUACUAAGAACUGCUUUUAAUAGCGGUCGCGCUUCCGUCGCGCGUUAUAGAGAAAAAGUGAAACGAUGUUACAAAGUACACAUACAAAUGGAAGAACAGAAGAAGAAUUACAAGAACGACAUUUGGGAGAACAAGAAGGCAACGAAAACAGACGGGAAACUUAUCAGUUACUGGUGUUUCAGUCCUGGUUUUGGUAUGGAACAAAUGGUAGAGCAAGGAGUACGUUCAGUACUUCUUACAAGCGGUACACUAUCCCCAUUAAAACCUUUUAUAUCGGAGCUUGGUAUACCGAUCGCGGUCCAGUUAGAAAAUCCGCAUAUUGUAACAGAAAAACAAGUGUGCGUUGGUAUUCUUAGCCAGGGGCCAGAUAGUCAUCCACUAAAUUCGUCUUACAACACGAGGAACGAUCCAAAGUAUAUCAGGUCCCUUGGAAGGACAGUCUACAAUUUUAGCUGCAUUGUCCCACACGGCUUGUUAAUAUUCUUUCCCUCAUACCCAAUCAUGAGGAAAUGCAGAGACGAGUGGCAGAAUAUGGGCUUGUGGACUCAAAUCACUGAACGUAAACCUAUUUAUGUCGAACCCAACUCCAAGGACGGAUUCGUCAAUGUGAUGAAUGAGUAUUAUCAGAAAAUUAAAGAUCCGUCCUGCAAGGGAGCCAUUUUUAUGGCAGUGUGCAGGGGAAAAGUCAGCGAGGGUCUGGAUUUUGCUAAUGCAAAUGGCAGGGCUGUAUUGAUCAUCGGCCUUCCAUUUCCGCCCUUCAAGGAUCCGCGAGUUGUACUGAAGCAGAGAUAUUUGGAGGAAAUAAGGACUGCAGAAAAAGAAGGUUUAACUGGACAAGAAUGGUAUCAACUUGAAGCAUCGCGAGCUGUUAAUCAAGCUAUUGGUAGAAUAAUAAGACACAAGAAUGACUAUGGCGCUGUGAUACUCUGCGAUUGUAGAUUCGAAAAUCCAAACUUCAAGAAACAAUUGUCUGCCUGGCUCAGGCCGUAUAUAAAAAAAUUCACAAAUUUCGGAAUGAUCACGAAAGAGUUGCGAGAAUUUUUUAGAAAUGCGGAGAGCACUUUACCACAACCUAAUAAUACUCGUACGCAAUACGGAAACAUUGAUAUUUCACUGCCCGCUGUUGUUGCUAAUUUUGAGACAACGAUAUCUCACUCAAGACAGAAACUACAGGACAAUUCUGCAACAGAACGUCCAAAAGAUGGUUUUGAUAUAGAUAUGUAUUUGAAUGAACAUGCGAAAGACAAACAGCCACAGAAAUCGCAAACUGCGAUCAAUUUUAGUGCUUGCAAACUGAAAGAUAAUCAGAGUACUUGUGAAUUAGCGAAGUAUAACGACGAACCAGCUACAAAAAGAAGAAAAAUUAAUAUUUUGCCACUUGGAGUUGAUUCAUACUUUUCUAAACCUUCGACUUCUUCGUUGGAAGCUUCAAAAAAUCAUUCUGUAAAUUUCACACAAAACGUUGAGGAGGCGAAUCAAGAUGAUAAGAAAACAUUAGGAAAACAGUAUUUGAAAGAUGUAAAACGGGUAUUAUCAGUUGACGAUUAUAAAAUAUUCGCGAGAAUGAUACAAAGCUAUACACAAAGUGGUAACUUUGAGGAAUUAUUGAAGACACUGUCCAACCUAUUUCCACCUACCGGACAAUUACGACACUUGUUUAUAGGAUUUAAAAGUUUUCUAAAAAAACAACAUAUGGCAAAUUUUGAGAAUUAUGUAAAUAUAUAAAUAUAUAAAGCAUUGUUCAAUAAACAUAAAGGAUUAUUCUUAGCUCAAUUUUAGCAGUAUUAAGGGAUAGUACAUGUGUUAAAGAUAUGUUUAUUUCUACUUAUUUGAUUUUAUAUAUUAUUUUUUUAGUAUAUGCUAAUAAAAGACUAAAUAUUUUUAUUAACAAAUAUUUUUAUUCAAACUCAUAAGAUUAAUUAGAUUAGUCUGAAUGUAAAAUAAUGCAGGCAUCAUUAUGAGAUCAAGAAAAGGCUCCAAAAUGUCCGACAAUUGUCUGAUAAAUUAAGCAAUUUCUUUUGCAUUAUAAAACUUACCUGCGCGAUUAGAAGUAUUACAAGUAUUGUACCUAAUAUCAUCAUAUAUGUGAUAAAUAUAUGUUCGAUGUACUUGCACGCAUUACUUCAGAAUUUCUAACAUGAGUUGAGAUAUCUGUGAUUACAAAAAUAUUAUAUAUGUGCGUAUUUGUAUAUAACAUCUUUGUAAUCAAAUAUCUCACAUAAGAAAUUUUGAAGUAUUGAAGAAAAGAAAAAAAGGCAUUUUAAUAUGCUACUAAUUUCAUUAAUCAAGAUAUCAUAUGUUAACGUAUAUUUUGUAAAUACUAUGUGCAAUAUGUAAAAAGAAAAAACAUAGUUUACAUUACUGCUAUCAAUGAUCAUAAUUGAUCACGUGUGAACGAUAAUAAUAAAUACAGAUAUCUUUUC